AUGCUCAUCCUCAUCGUCGGCAUCACCGGCAACCUAGGCCAACAUCUUCUCCGUGCCGCAACUGUCCAAGGCCACCAGGUUCGCGGCUUGAGCAGAUCAGCAGACAAACUCUCCUCCGAACUCCGCUCCUCCCUUGAAAGCUUCGUCGCAUCUUCAUCCUACUACGACAUCCCCGCCAUCGAAUCAGCCGUCCAGGGAGUUGACGCCGUGAUCUGCGCGUAUGCCAACGUCCCCGGCCUGACACUAGAAGGACAGCUGAUCCUCCUCCGCGCAGCCGAACGAGCGGGCGUGAAACGCUAUGUCGCAACAUCCUGGAACUCUGACUGGACCAAGAUCCCGCUGGGCAAGCACGAGAGCUACGACGAGUUCAUCAUGUUCAAGCGGCAUGUAGAACAGUCGAGCCUAUCCUCGGGCAACACCGUUAUCAAGCCGAUAUACAUCUUCACCGCCCUGCUUGCCGAAUUCGCUUUCCAAGCCCCGAGCGAUAUGGCUGAGAUCCCCGAGUUCCCAUGGUGGAAUCCCAAGAAGGGCACGGCUGUUUAUUAUGGCGACGGGAAGACAAGACACCAGUGGACGACUUUUGCCGAUGCGGCGGCUUACACAGUUGAUAUUGUGACGUCAGACGAUGCGGAGAAGGGGGGCACGUAUUCCAUCCUGUCUGAUGCGGGAGAUGUCUUCUACAUUGCGAAAACAUGGAAAGAGGCAACAGGGAAGGACGUCAAGCUGAUCCCUGCGGGCGACGUAGAAGAGCUGAGAGCAUACGCGAUGGCAGGAAGAAAGGCACAUCCGCCAAACGAAUGGAAGAAGUACAUCGGACCUUUUUAUUGGUUACACACCAUUGAAGGGGACUGGAAUCUUGAUGAAGACCAUUUGUAUACUUCGGACAAGGUGACACCCACGAAGCUGAGGGACUUCUUUGAGCUGCACAAGGACUGGUACGCAAAGUUCUGA